UUUUUACAUAGUUACUAUAUUGUUUAUUUUGAGGAAGUUGUUUUCGAUUCGAUAAAUAGAUUUAGUGGUCAGUUUUACAUUUGAUACUUUGGCGAAUGUUUGUUGAAUUAAAUUUAAUAAGUUCUCUUCGAUAUUGGAAGCAAAUUGAAUUCGUGGACACAGUUUUUUUAAAAAUAGUGUGAACACAUAAAAUAUGUCACGCUACAGUUUAUCUUCACCAAGUAGCAGCUCAUCGUCGUCUAGUAGCGAUGAUUCAUCGGACGAAAGUUCGACUUCAACUGGAAGCUCAUCGUCUUCCAGUUGUAGUUCAGCUUUGUCAAGUGCUGGCUCAUCGUCGUCAAGUUAUAGUUCAUCGUCGUCUAGUAGCGAUGAUUCAUCGGACGAAAGUUCGACUUCAACUGGAAGUUAUAGGCAAAGUUUUAACUUAAAACGCAAAUUUGAUGAAGAUUUGGAUAAACCUAAUAAAAAAAUGUGUUGUGAGUUUCCGUAUGGGGUUGACAAUGAUUGGUCAUUUAAAGAUUACCAGUGGCUGUUGGAUCCUGAACGUGAGCCUAAUGUUACUAUGAGUAUUAAUAACUCAAUAAUUGAUUUGCCCGCAGAGCAUAAAAUAACGGUCACUAGAGAAACAGAUGUCGGUAUAAAAACGGAGAAGGAUAUUUUAGCUGGCGUGGAACUAAAUUUUAGCAACUCUGUAGACUAUCAAAAUUUUCACUCGAAUUCUUUUAUCGUGGAAAAUCCUAGUGAUCCACAAAAACCAAAGGUAGUAAAUAUAUUUUCAAAUCCGAUUUCCUUGUCAGGCGAUCACGUAGUUACACACGAAGGAUAUGAAAAUCCUAAAGUUAUAGUUGAAAAUACUUCUGUUAGAGACAUAGAUGUCAGUACCGCAAUGGAGUAUGUGUCAACUGACUUUGCUACUAACGUAGGACCAAUUAUAAGCAACUCAAUUGAUUGUCAACAUGUCAAUUCGAAUAAUGGGGAGUAGAACACCAGUUAUUCUGAAAAUUUUGAUUUAACUAGUAUCUCACAACACUAUGUUUUCAAACCGGAGGUUAACAAUUUUUCAAAAAGUGUUGUUGAAAAUAAUACAGAUAUCCUCUUUACAAAUGUGGUUGAUCGAUAAUCUGUUUUGAACGAAGAUAUACCUAUCGACACUAAAAAUAGUCAAUUGGAUAUGAAUGUUGAUAUUAAUAAUAACUGCUCGGAGCCAAGCACUUCGAAUAAUGAAAUGUAUUCAAACACUAGUGGUUAUAGUCAAAUGUAAAAAGUUUACUCCAUGGGGAGAAGAUUGGUUUUAUACGACCCAUACCGAUAUGUAUACAGGUCUUAGGUAUAUAACUUUGAUGAACCCUUUGAACGAAUUUCCGGUUAGUUAUGAGGAAACUAUUGAUCUCAUAGAUUCAGACGACGAUGAGCAACCUGUUAUGUACAAGAGUACUACACUUGGAAAAGAAGUGCAGUCAAUGAGCGCACUUGCCCACAAAAAUGUUCACGAAAAUAAUUGUGAUGGAGAUCAAUCUUUCAUUGUUGAUCAUUAUAAAAAAAUCGUUAUAGGUACUACCGAAGGUAUCAGUUUCGUAUACGAUUGGAUUCCAAAAAUGAGCGAGGUAAUUUUUAAGAAUGACAGCGUAUAAAACUAACUAGAGAUUUAUCUUAAGUUAGAAAAAUUAACGAUGUUAUAAAUCGCUGUCAAGUUUUCAUAAUGUGACUAUUAAAUGAACAACUUAUUAUUAUUUUUGCGUUAAUCGGAAAUGUAUUGUUUUAUUUUUUAACGAUUGUUGUAUUUUUAAAAAUUAUUUCAUCUUUUUCUCGCGUUUUCAAAAUUAUUUUCUAUUU